AUGGCCGACGUAGUAAUUUCUUUUGUAGUUCAAAAUAUUACACCAAAACUAUGUGAAAAGCUGAGAGAGGUGGGAGGAGUUGAGACCGAUGUGGAGAACAUCAGAGAUGAGUUGGAUCGAAUGACAGCAUUUCUCAAAGAUGCUGACAGUGUCAUGGAGAAUAGUGACACGGGGAUGACAAAUUGGGUUAACCAAGUUCGCCAAGUUGCACAUGACACUGAAGAUGUUCUCGACAAAUUUGUACUCGGCUUGAUGAAGAAUCAUCAGGAUGGACAUCAGAGAUAUCUUAACCCUGCAGGAGGUUCAAAUUCACAUGUUGACACCAGCUUUGACUUUGCAAAUGAUAUUAGAGGUGAUGCCCUUUUGGAAGAAGAAGUCAAUCUUGUAGGAAUUCAAAGAUCCAAAAGCGAGUUAAUGAGAUUGCUCAUGGAAAAUGGUUCCGGACUGAGUGUAAUUUCAGUGACAGGGACGGCAGGUGUGGGGAAAUCAGCUCUUGUUAGGAAAGUGUAUGAUGAUGCAGCAGUGAAGAAGCAAUUCCUAAGUCACGCUUGGAUAACUGUCCCUCGGCUAAUCAUUAUGGAGGAGAUCCUAAAGGACUUGAUUCGGCAACUCUUUCGUGAAACCAAGGAAGAAUUCCCUGAAGGAAUGAACACCAUGAAUAAUAGUCAGCUGAAGGAAGUGAUUAAACAAUUUUUACAAGAAAAAAGGUAUGUGAUUGUGUUUGAUGAUUUACGGCAAACCCUAGAAUGGGACGCUAUUAAAUGUGCAUUUCCUAACAACUCUUCUGGUAGUCGAUUAAUUGUAACAACACGUGAUAAUGCUGUAGCUUCCCAUUCUAGUAUGGGAAUUAAGGAGAAUGUAUAUACGUUGAAGCCCCUUACUCCAAAGCAAUCUUUGACACUGUUUUGUCUAAAGACGUUUCGAGGGGUUCCGUGUCCUUCCUAUCUUGAGGAAAUUACUAAUAAAAUCUUAGAGAGAUGCGCAGGGGUGCCGCUUGCCAUCAAGUCUGUUGGUGGAUUUCUGGCCACAAAGAGCAACAGAUUGGACGAAUGGGAGAUGCUUAAUCGGAGCCUUGGGUCUGAACUAGAAAGGGAUAAUAGGAGUUUGAAUGUGAUCUUGUUGCUUAGCUUCAAUGAUUUGUCUUACCCUCUAAAAUACUGUUUGUUAUAUAUGGCCGUAUAUCCAGAAUAUCACUUGAUAAAGUGUAACUCCCUGAUUCGCCUAUGGAUAAUGGAAGGUUUCGUGGAUGAAAAAGAAGGACGAACAGCGGAACAAGUUGCUCAAGGCUACCUGAUGGAGCUUGCCAACAAAAACUUGAUCCAAGUGGUAAAGUGUAAAGAGAAUGGAGACAUAAAAUCUUGCCGCAUACAUUAUUUUCUCAGGGAGAAUCUUCUAAGAAAAGCAAAACGUCAGAGUUUCUUGAUGACAGUCGGCAAAAAUUCCAAUGAUCAAUGGAACGAUGAAGCUCGUCGCUUAUCAAUACAUGGCCCUUGGGAAAACUUUAAUCCUCAUAGGUCAGGCAAAAAACUCCGUUCUUUGCUUGCAUUUGGUGCGACCGAUUCGUCAUCAGUACUUGAGCUGCUUAAGAGUUGUAGGGUGCUUAAAGUUCUAGACCUGUCAGGAUUACCUCUAAAAUCAUUCCCAGAGGCUAUGUUGCACAUUCAUAUGUUCAAAUCAACAAUGUUCUUGGUUUCAAGCUACCAAAUGGAAUUGGAGCUCUGA